GGGCGUCUUCUUGUACCACUAGUACAGCAGUGGUAGCUAGCUAGCUAUAGGGCUGGGGGCCGAAUCACUUUAACGACAUAGAAAGCAAGCGAGCGAGAUAACGAUAUAUAUCUGGUGUUGCGGUCUGAAGUGGUUUGCCUUCAGGAGACAUCAGCCCAGUGACCCUCGGAAGAUGGUGCGGUCAGGUUGACCGCACCACCGGGCAGACGGCUGUCCCUUCCCCAGCCUUCCGUACGGGGCGGACCCCAAGAUGGUCCGGGGGUCGUGAUCGACGGCCCGGCGGGGAUGAGAGUCGUGCCGGCAGUGGCCCAGCCCCUUGCCGGCGAUGGAUGCCAAGCUGCGAGAGGACCUGCUGAAGAAGUACACGCAGUUUCUGGAGGGCAGGCUGGAGGAGCGGGACGUGGGGUCCAAUGAAGCGGGCCUGCUGUCGGCGGCGGCGGCCCUGCUGGGGGCCUACCAGCCAGAUCACGGCCAGCAGCGCUUCCGCGUGCUGCGCUUCUACGAGGUGGCGGAGAACGCCCUCCGGACCCUGAGGAGCUCCAGCCUGCAGGCCCUGGAGGUGGCCUUCGCCAUGCUGGAGACUGUCUGCACCAACCUGCUUCUCUUUCCCUGGAAGAAGGAGUUCCGCCACAUCAAGACCUUCACAGGCCCGUAUGUGUACCACCUGCAGUCAGCUGUGUGUGAGGCGGACCUGCACUCCAUACUGCGCUCCAUGGGCUAUGUGCGCGACCAGGAGCUGCAGUACCACGCCCGCGACCACCCGGGCGGUGCGGCGCACCUGAGGCAGCUGGCGUUCGAGCUCUUCCUGGCGCGAGCCGAGUGCGGCCUGCUGAGGGAGGUGGUGGCGCUGGCGGGCGGGGCGGCCAAGGAGCUGGAGGCGGUGGAGGUGCGGCGGUCGAGCCGCGAGGACGCGGCGGGGUGCGCCGAGGCCCUGAGGCGCCGCGACGUCCUGGUCGGGGAGGUGUCGCGGCUCUCGGUGCGCCUGGCCGAGACGGAGCGGGCCCACCUUAGGAGGAGCGGCCGCCCGUCCAAGUCAGUGGACGUGACGGACAGUGCGGGGCACUGGCACCCGGCCAGCAAGCCCGUGCUCAAGGCCUCGCUCAGCCUGCGCAAGGAGCCGCUGUUCGUGGACGCGGAGGAGGACGCCAAGGACGAGAUCAUCCGGCCCAACGUCUCCCUGCUCUCCCUGGCAGCCCUCUCCCCCUACAGCCCGGCGCCGGACUUCUACCCCGUGCAGUCCCCCUCGGCGGAGCCCUACUCCUACCACCUGUCCUCCCUGGACGAGGUGGACCUGUACACCGAGCGCGGCGGGGGCCGCCAGACCCCGUCCCGCCCCCCGAGCCGCGAGCCCCGAGACGGCCGAGAGAGCUGGGGGCCCAAGGGCCACGGCGGGCUUUCCUCCCUCGGCCCCAAGUGCCAGGGCUGCGGCCUGGGCUGCUCCGGCCUGGCCUCCUGCCAGCGGUGCGAGGCGGUCCUGUGCCCGGGCUGCCACGCCAUGGAGCCCUCCCCCUGCUGCUGCUCGCAGGACUACCCCAAGCCCCCCCGCCCCCUCGACGGCUACCUGCCGGUGAAGGAGAAGCUGUCCGUGUACACCAACUCCCACUCAGAGAAGCCGCUGCUGGCCGCCAAGCUCUACCCUGGCAAGUCGGCGGCAGCCCCCGGUGGGGCGGGCGCGGGAGGCUCGCGGUGCGGCUUCUGCAACAAGCCUGGCGCCACGCACACCUGCAUGAACUGCUCCAAGGUCUCCUGCGACAACUGCAUGGGCCUCUAUGCGAAAGAUCUAUGUGGCCGCAAGAGCAUGCACCAUAACUUUGUGCCCAACCACCAGCUGAAUUACAAGUCUGGCUCCAUGUCACACCUGGUGUAUCGGUAGGCUCGGCUCGGUGUUGCUUGUGGAAGCCUGUGGCAGCGCGUCUCGUGUGUCGUAUCUGAUGUUCGUACUGGAAUGCACACGUCUUAAGCCUUCUCCUCUCGCACAGUCCUUCAGCCGUGCAGACCUACUGGCUUGUGUCAGCCGUCCCUUACUCUGCCUGCAUCUGCUGGGUCAUGUGAUCUCAUAACUGCUUCCUGCUCAUAGCCGGCCCAGUCAUGAAGAAACCCUGGGGAGGGAGCCCAGUGGCUUGGAAUAAACCCGUCCAAACUUCCAGCUGUCAGCAUUGUCCUGCUCCUCUUACUCUUGAAUGUUCCGUGCCAAGUUUUUUGUCAUAGGAAAAUGCUGUGUCCUCUCUCACUACUUCAGUGAUUUGGGGAGGGGGGGGAUAAAACAACACACUGGAUUUCAGCAGUACAUCUGGAAACUCUAUAUAUAGACUAUUAUGAGACUGUUGUGGGGGGGUGGGGGGGAUGCCUGGGACGCGUUGGACAUUUCACUGAGCUGCUAUAAUGUUCCUUUUAGAUCGAUCCUUACCAAUGACAACCUGUUUCAAGUAUGGCUGUGGUAUCCCCGCUGCUGCUGUUGAGUUACAGAAUCAUUCUGUUCCAUUCUCUGGUGAACAGGUCUGUCCAGCCUUUUCUCCCCCCCCCUCAAAAUUUUGCCAAUGAAAAGCUUGUCCGUUUUGGCCUCUGCAGCGAUGGCGAUUUGGGAAGCCUGGAAAACGAGGCCUUUUGUGAGAUGAUAUUAUAAUUUCAAAAAGGGACACAAACUGCUAGAACAAUAGUAAAAACCCCUAAACCCUGACAUGGCCAUUUUAAAUGUAUCCGAGCCGGUGUGCACGCUCAAGGUGUACUUCAUAUUACGCCAAACUGAUGUCGCAUGUGCCAGGAAUUCUUCAGUUGAGUAGAACCAGUGUUCACCAUGACGACCAUGCACGUUCAGCGCAGAGAGGCUCAGGAUAAUGCAAACAAAGACAGCAGGAGCACAGGCAAGAUUAUUGUUUCAAUAGGUGUGGGCAUUGCAUUUGGGUCCAGCCCAUUCUCACUGUGAUUCUGUUGCUGUCAUAGAGCUACGACAACCCUUGCCCUACGAUGUACCCAGUUAUCUGCCCCAGUCCAGAGCAGGAACUUUGCACUGUAUAUAAGCUGAUCCUGAUAUUGGUCUAUAGUGUACACUCCGCACCUAUCCACCACUAUCACAGGAUGAUACUGACAUGUUUAAGGCUCAAUCCUUGAAGAAUAUUGGCAUUUAGAACUUCUUUGUUCUGUGUUUACAGCAUAUCAGGGGCUUACGAACAUUCUCAUUAGGCAUUAUGCAUUUAAGUGGCAUCGGGCUGGCAGCCAAAAUCCAACAUGCUCUUUGGUUUCCUUGUUUUCUUUUUCCAUUUCGAUGCUCAGCCCAGAUCAAACUGAAGAAUCCAAGACGCAUCUCCUAGUUACUAUCGAAAUGCCAUUGGUGGAAGGAUUUUGCUCGUUCUGUCGAACAAAACUGUUUGUGAUGAAUAUAAAUGAUUAGCAUGGUCAAAGUUCUUCCUCUCCUUUCUGUUGUUUAUUAAGGGUGUUGCACUGUUUAAUGUGUCACUUAUGCAUAUGAGGUGUGGUCCGAGACCUCACUCAGUUUGCACAUGAAUGCACUCAGAUGUUUUAGGAGCUGCAUUCAGUGAUUUAGGAACUGCAUCCAAGUCAACUCAUGUAAUUUUACUGAUAUUAUGAACUUAGCAAGGUUGUGUCCAUUCAGUGCUGGGUCUGAAAGUGCAUCUCACUCCAUUAAAGUAAGUCUCUACACAGUAGUCUAAAGUAUGUCGACACACAGUGACGUGCAUAUUAUUAUUUGUCAAAGGCAGGUGGCUGCGUAUCAGGGGAAACAAUUUUGUUCUGUUAAAAGGGAGCUUUUGUUUUCCAGUUACAUUUUUCAUAUUUUAGAUGUUUUUAUUCACAUCCAAAGUCUUACCUAAUGCAAUGCUUUUAGCUCACACAAUGCUAAAGGGAACAUUGGGCCUGUGUUCAUUGGAAUAGCACAAAACAGAUAUGUAGGGUUUUAUACUGAGCUAUGCAACAAAACAAGAGGGCUGUAUUGAGGUGGUCAAGUGUGCCUCUACUGUACCAGUUAGUGGAAGGGUUAUACUUUAUUGUUAGGGCUAUCAGUAUUGAAAAUGACUUUGUUUUGGCAUUUGUUUAUUAGCUAAUUAGCGAGGGGCAAAAGUUUCCUACUAAUGAGAAGAAUAAUGAUUUGGCUGGUUAAUUGGUUCUCUUUCAACAAUAAAGCAGAAGUAUUAUAUUUGCAGUUCUGUGCAAUGUACACAAUGUAUAGAUGCUGUACACUGUAUACUCAUGUCCUGCACUGGAUCAUAACUCUAUAUUUAGUACCCUUGUAUGUCAAGAAGUUAUAUUCAUAGCAUUUGUGCACGUUAUCGUACGGUAAUUUGUGCUUGUCUUUGAGCCAGUUUAAAGGGCUGUCUUCUCGCCAACUCUAAUAAACCAAUAUUUAUGACUAAUUAUA